AUGGCAGCCCCUUACCCUACAACCCACCCAGCGGUUGUCACCACCGCAAAGCGAGCCCCCCUCUCAAUCCUGGAAGUACAGACAGAAGCUCCGGAACCUGGUGAGGUCGUCGUCCGAGUUCAGUGGACAUCCUCUUCGCCAUUGGAUCUACACCAAGCUGACGGUGGUCUGCUUACAAUACAUCCAUUCAUCCUCGGCUGUAGUUUUGCAGGUAUCGUUGUGGCUGUUGGGCCCACCGAUCCAGCAGCAAAGCAACCCAACUCGGCGCCACUUGUAGUUGGUGACCGUGUGUUUGGAUUCACCAGCAAGAUGCAAAAGCAGCAGGGCUUUCAAACAUAUGUCACGGUACCUCGGAAUCUCAUGGGCCGCGUCCCCGAAAAUCUUACCAUGGAGGCGGCAGUCACAGCGCCCGCGAAUCUAGUGACAGCAUUUCACACAAGCACCCAGGAUUUGGGUCUUGAGCUACCCUGGCCUAUCCCAGAGAAUUAUGUCCCACCUGAGGCGGACGCGCCUAUUCUCAUCUGGGGCGCGGCUAGUAGUGUCGGUAACUUUACCGUCCAGGUCCUGCACCACUGGGGAUACAAGAACAUUUUGGCUGUAGCGAGCGAGAAACACCAUGACGAGCUACUGGCAUAUGGUGCGACAAAAUGCUUUGACUACCGCAAGACGGACGUCACGGAUGCUAUCCGUACCCAAGCCGACCAUAUUCCCUAUGUCAUUGACUGCAUUGGGCAGCUUGAAGGCACGCUUCGACCCUUGACCCGCAUCGCACAGAAAGGCACCAAGGUCGCAAUAAUGAUGCCUGCCAUCGUCAGAGAUGCAACCGAUGAUCAAGAACCUGAGUUGAGCAUGGAUCCGUCUUCGCUCUUGGUUGGCGAGUGGAAGGAUGGUGUUGAGCUCAUCGGUGUUAGGACGUUCUUCUACGAACAGAACGAAUUCUUCAAAUGGCACCUGCAACCCGACAUUAUGCCCGCCCUGCUGGAGUCGGGCAUUAUCAAGCCCAACAAGCAGAGAAUUGUCGAGGCCGAGACAUUGCUUGAGCGUGCCCAAAAGGCGCUGGACUUGUUGCGCGAGCGUGCACCAAGCGGCGAGAGACUGGUUUGGAGGGUGGCGGAAGAAUGA